UCCAACCAUCCAACCUCGUCGAGUCCACAUUCACCGUCGAGCACUCGAGCCUCGGCACUAUGGCGAGUGAGCACCACCUGUUCGAGAUUCCGGCCAACCAGCUCCAGAGGAACUUCGCGUUUGCCACUUCAUGGACUUCCCGCAUAGGAGGCUCUGACUGGCAAUGUGACUUCCGCACUAGUGAUACGGUGUCCUUCAGCCUCGUUCUUCCUGCCGGCGGCAACAUUCACUCUGAGCCCCUUAACGCACGGCUGAAGUUUAGCCUUCUCGACCGGGAAGGCCGGCCGGUGCCUUCCAGGACUCGAGCCAUCUCGUUCCGGAACUGGUCAACCGACCGGAGGUGGGAGCGGGCCUGCGCCGACUUCAUCACCAUGGAGGACCUGGAGCGACCCGAGUACCUCAAGGACGGUCGCUUCAGAGUCAGGUGCGACAUCGCUCUCGCGCCGCCCUCCGCGCCGGCGAAGGCCGCCGACGCGUUCGUCACGGUGCCCCCGUCUGACCUCCACCGGCAUCUGGGGGAUCUGCUGGCGUGCGAGGAGGGCGCGGACGUGACCUUCCAGGUCGCCGGAGGCGAGACGUUCUCGGCGCACCGGGCCGUGCUCGCGGCACGGUCCCCGGUGUUCAGAGCGCAGCUCUUCGGCCAAAUGAAGGAGAGCAAGCAGACCGCAGCCGCAGGCGGCGGCGCCAUAGAAAUCGGCGACAUGGAGGCACCGGUGUUCCGCGCUCUGCUUAGCUACAUCUACACCGGCUCCCUGCCGGAGGCCGACGAGGAGCAAGACCAGGACAAGGACGACGACGGAGCGAUGGUGCGGUACCAGCAUCUGCUUGCCGACGCUGACAGGUACGGCCUCGAGAGGAUGAAGCUCAUCUGCCAAGAGAAGCUGUGCAACCACGUGCACGCAAGCUCCGUCGCCGGGAUGCUGGCUUUAGCUGACCGACACCAUUGCCCUGGGCUCAAGCUAAGGAGGCGUGCUUCGAUUUCCUCUCGUCUCCUCGAGUACCAACCUUGACUCGUUCACCCAAACGGAUGGCUUCGAGGUGCUAACCGAGACCUGCCCUGCCCUUCGCAAGGAGCUACUGGCCAAGCUUGCUACCGUUUUGAUUUGAUCUUUGGGUGACCAUGGGCAAUGAUUUCAAUCAAGUUUCAGAGGGGACACUUAAAAAUCAUGAUGCCAACUCUCUACCGUUUUAUCCUUUUUGUACCCUCACGUGUGUGUGCAA